CUUUUAAAGAUAUAUAGUAAACAUGUCGGAAUCUUCGGUCGGGUCCCCUGCCACUGGCGCUUCUACGGCAUUGACCAAGCGAAAGCCAAUGCCAAGAAAAGGACACACCAAGUCUCGAGCAGGUUGCGUCUGCUGCAAGAGGCGCAAGGUCAAAUGUGAUGAAGUAACUCCCCAAUGCGGCUCAUGUCAACGGUUAGGCUUGCCUUGCGAGUAUCUCGGCAAGCAGAAUCGAAGUCAAUCAUCUAGCGUGGCCCGGCCGUUACGAACAACCCCAACCAUGUAUGAUGCUAACGACAUGAACUUUUUUCGACACUUUCUGUUUGAAGCGUACCCCCCUCUUCCUAUUGAUGGGUUUACUGUGUGGCAACAGGCCUCAAAGCUUUCACACGAGUACGAGUUUCUGCUACACGCUAUGCUUGGUCUCGGGGCAUCACAUCUUGGUCUUCUGACGCCAACUGACUACAACAAAGUUGCCUUGAAACAUCGAGUCACGGCAAUCAGGGAGCUCAACAGCCAUCUCUCGAAACCCAACAUCUCAAAAUCGGGGGGUGAAGCUGCAUUCGCUGCCAUGCUUGUCCUGACCUUUCAGUCAUCCUACAUGGCCGAUGGCAUGGUCGACUUUCUAACAAUGGUUCGAGGCUGCUGGCUUGUUGGCUACGGGGUGGGAGAUCUGGAGCAGACCAUCUUCAAGACGUUUGCGAGAUCCAGCUAUUACGAAAAGAUAAAGGUACUUGCCCAGCAGGACGAUACCGUACAUUACCUCGAUGCCCUCAUCGCCAACCAGUUUUGCGCGAGCGUGAGGAGAAUUGCACCCUUUUGGGACCUUACCAGCAACGACUUUUCCCACUUUGUCGACCCUCAGAAUUACGUUUCUCAACUGGUCAUUAUGCAUACUCUUGUUCUCGACUUUGUGAUGAGCAAGAAGGCAAUCGACGAGUUUGGCAAGACUGGAAUCGGUAGACAUGGUUAUGACUGUAGAAGGGCCAUGGCGAAAGUGUGGAUUGAAGAGAUCCAGGGGCGACUUCCGGCUGAGUAUCAAGAAUAUGCAGAGUGGCCAGUUAAGCUUGUCAAGAGCCUGAACUACUCGUUUGAUAAAGAUGCUGAAGUCUGGGAGCCCUUUCUCUUAAGCAGGGGAACAGCGACUCUGUCCGAGACGGACACUUUGUCGUUGGUGGAAAGCCCAGCUAACUCUAUUUAG